AUGCCAACCCUACCUGAAGAUGUCGGUCAGCCAACUGAGACUCAUCACUCCCUUUUGCCACCUGCAGAUAAAGAGCUCCCUGCUGAAGUAGGAAUAUCCAGCACACCUGCUAUAGUUCUUCCAGAAAAUACAGUUUUACAAGAUACAGAAAUGGAGAGGAACCUAUCGCUCAGACCUAUUAGUCCUUACCUGCGGCAUUCUAACAGGCAUACUAGGGCAUCUGAUACCUCAUUGACUUCUGUUGACAACACAGGUCAUGUGAUUGACUUGGUGAAUGACCAACUGCCAGAUGUUAAAAUCUCUGAUGAAGAUAAAAAGAAGAAUCUUGAGUUGUUAGAAGAAGCAAAACGAGUGAGUGAGAGGUUCCUCACACGCAGAGGAAGAAAAUCAAGAAGCAGCCUUUCGGAGUCUCCCACAGGCAUGUCCCCAACACUUAGUCCCAACAUUUCACCUGCACCAUCUCGGAGCAACUCUUUCAAUCUUCCAAGUCCAACAGGUUCUGAUGCAUGUGCAUUCACUGUUGGUUCAGUGUCUCCACUGCAGAAUGCUACAAAAGGACUAAAUGAUAGAAAACAGAACGAUCAAAGAAAACUUUCUCAGGGAAGAUUGUCUCCUCGCCUAACUAGUUUUGAAAACCCAAAAGAGAAGUUGUCUGAACAAAAGGAGAACUUUGAUCCACAUAAACUUAUGGAUGAUCUGUCCAGAUCUUGCACUUCAGCUAGUGAUGUUGGCAGAGUGUCUGUUAAUACCAGCACAAAUACUUGUGAACAUGAACUUGGAAAACCAUUCCUUAAAAUAACAAAAGAAAAAGAUUUCCCUUUCAAAGGCAAUUUACAAGGACCAGGAAUGGCUACAGUAGAUCCAAAGCUAAAAGGUUUGGUAUCGUUACUGAAGGAUUCAAAGGUUACUUGUAAAACAGGACUUACUUCAUCUGGUACACACCCUCCUCUACUACGAUCAAUAUCAUGGGAACAUGUAGAACCUGGUAAUAUAGAAAAGGCACCUUUUAAACAACCGCCUGAUUAUGAUAAAAAUGUUGCCACUAUGAAUAGAUCCAGUAACAUAUCGACUAAACCGUUAACUUUUAAAGACCUCCAAAUACAAGUGCAACCUGUUCGAAUGCAAAAAUUGACAAAACUCAGAGAGGAGCACAUAUUGAUGCGAAAUCAAAAUUUAGUUGGACUUAAACUCCCUGAUCUCAGUGAAGCUGCUGAACAGGAAAGAGGGUCUUCACCAUGUUUAUUGGAGGAGGAGGAGGAGGAGGAGGAGGAGGAGGAGGAGGAGACUGGAGAGAAUAGCUGUGAUGUCAUGCCCAAUAUUCCUGAUGCACUCUUACGAAAACUCCGUGUGCAUACACCUCUUCAGGGAAGUUGUCCUCCACUCACUGAGAAGGAGGUUGAGAAUGUAUUUAUACAACUUUCAUUGGCUUUCCGAAAUGAUAGUUAUACUUUGGAAUCAAGAAUUAAUCAGGCUGAGAGGGAGAGAAAUCUUGCAGAGGAGAACACAGAGAAAGAAUUGGACCAUUUUAAAGUAGCUAUUACGUCUUCGGCUUCCUUAUGGCAUCAUUCUGAACAUAGAGAGAUGUACCAGAAAUUGUUGGAGGAUAUCACUGUGCUUCAUCGUUUGGCCUCUAGAUUAUCUAGUCGUGCUGAAAUGGUUGGAGCUGUUCGCCAGGAGAACCGCAUGUCAAAGGCCACAGAAGUUAUGAUGCAGUAUGUGGAGAAUUUGAAGAGAACAUAUGAAAAGGAUCAUGCUGAGCUUAUGGAGUUUAAGAAACUUGCCAAUCAGAAUUCUAGCAGAAGCUAUGGUUCUCCUGAAGAUGGUGUUCCACGUACUUCUAGAUCCAUGUCUCUUACUGUUGGAAAGGCGCCUCGGAGGAGAGUCAGUGUCGCUGUUGUUUCAAAAUUUGAGAUCCCAGGCCAGUCACCUAGCAUGUCACCCAUUCCUUUGAUGCCAUCCCUGACUGAGUCAACAAAUGGAAGAAACAAUCCGACAACAACCCCUGUCUUACCUGCACCUACAGAGAAUGGAAAAUCAAAUGGAGACCCUGAUUGCGAAACACCUCCUUCGGCCCCAGCACAGAGUGGAAUGGAAGAGGUCGGCCCAGAAAUAAAAGCCAAAAUAGAAGAGGAAGCUUAUAACAAAGGGUAUCAGGAAGGCUUAAAGAAAGCUAAAGAACUUGAAGAGCUAAUAGAAGAUGAUGAAGAAAAAAUUGUUGAAAGGCCCAAUGAAUGUAAAGAAGGUGAAAGUGAUGGUGAAAUUGGCAGACACGGUAAACUUGAAGUUGUUAUCCAUUAUAUACAAAUACUCUACCCCAAACUGCAAAAACAUUGGAAUGUGCUCUGGAUUGUAGCCGCCAUUGUCAUAAUUUUUGCUGUGGUACUGGGGAUCUCCAGUUUAUACAAUUACUUCUCCUCCUGUGCCGAAUUAUCAGAGGGACAACAAGCGAAAGCUACCUGCUCUGCUGCUCAGCAAUAUGCCUGGUGGAACUCAGGACUGCAACAUGACCAGCACACAGAAUAA